AUGGAGUUAAAGGAUAGUAUAACUUUGAAAAACCUAGACUUGGAGUUGGAGUUGUCAUUAUGCUACAGGUAUAAAGCAAGACUAGUAAAAAGAGUUGUGAAAGAUGUGUUGGACACCUUGCAGAAGAAUGCUCCACUCGAUGUUGCCAUGUAUCCCAUUGGACUUGAACGUGGAGCUACUGUACAGAAAGGAACUACACUUGAGGACUUGCAGCGAAUAAUUUUAAGGGAUUUGGUAUUAUACGACACAGAAGUUUCAAGUGUUGAUGCAAGAAAAGUUCUGAUGAGAGAUCGAUUGCAAGGAGUUCGGGACCUUGUCAUUUUAGAUGACGUGAAUGAUAUGUGGAAACUACAUGCUGUGGAUAGGGAUUGGUUUGGCCCUGACAUCCUCGGAGAAUCCCUACGAAGAGCUUUCUACAAAAUUGCAAAGGCCUGUUGGGGAAUUCCUCUCACAUUAAUAGUCAUGAGAUCAUAUCUAUUUGAUAAGAAGGAUCCAAAUGACAUCGAAUGCUGGAAGGUAGCUGUCUUGAGCAUCGGAGGGAAUGCAUGCAAAUCUACAGUCCUUCAGAUCAGUUAUGACAGACUUAAUGAUAUUGAGAAGGAAACCUUUCUGGAUAUAGCUUGUUGCCUUGUUGGGGAGAAGAAAAUCGAAGCUGUUAUUCUCUGGAAAGCUUCACGCCUAGAUGAAGUUCAUAUUGCCAUCAAGAAUCUUUCUUUGAAAAUGCUUAUAAGCACUAGUGGCUCCAUGAAUUGCCUCGAAAUGCAUGCCCUCGUGUAG